GUAACUGGAAAGCAAUAAUGCUGCUGUAAACACAGACAAGCCGAGCAAAUAAAGAUGAACCAAUUCUUACAGGAAACGAAAUUGACAACCGGAAGUGAUACAGGUGCUUGUCAAUUUGGAAAUUUGACACAAUUUAGAAGUGAUUAGGUUUAAUCCAACGUCUGAUGAGCUUUUAGGAGGCAGGAAAAAUGUCUAUGAUUCAUGACAGUGAUCAUGCAGCAGAGUGUUUGGAUCAUCUGCAGACUAUGCUGUGGGAGUCGGGGGAUCACACUCAGGAUGAUGAUAUCAGCUCCCUGAUCUGUAUGUUACAGAGCCCACUAUUUCGACAGUUACUGGUGCUACAAGAUUCUAUACAGGAAUUGGAGCAGGUAAAUGAAAGUCAGGGACUGGAUGGCUAUGAUUUCAACUUUUUGCCAGAGCUUCAGCUGGAAUCUACUGGCCUGGCAAAUAGUGCUUUCGAACCAGAAACAACCCAAGCUUCAAGCUUUCCUUAUGAAACUACACCCGAGUACAAAGAUGAAUUUGAGAAGGUGAUUAAAACUGCUGCUAAAGGAAGAGAAGUGGAGACUAUUAAGUUAUUCAAGCCUGAGAAGCAGUCACUAGGAUUCAGUGUUGUAGCGAAUCCAGGGGAUCCGAGUAUUUAUGUGCAGGAUAUACAGCCAGGAGGGAUUGCAGACAGACAUGGGAGAUUGCGAGAACGAGAUCAGAUUCUUGCUAUCGAUGGACAACCCCUAGACAUCUCACAUCAGGAGGCAAUAAGAAUACUGCAGAGUGCGGGGGGACUUGUGGAAAUUGUGGUGGCACGGGGCCCCAAUCCCCAGGCUGCCUCCACCCCCGGAGACCAGGAAGAACAAGUGACAGACUCACAGACACAAAACACUGCAGAAGUCACAGAUAUGUUGAACACAGAAUGGACACAGAUUGAAGUUAUUGACCUUAUUAACGAUGGCUCAGGGCUCGGAUUUGGUAUCAUUGGUGGGAGGAGUACGGGUGUUGUAGUGAAGACAAUACUGCCAGGGGGCGUGGCUGAUGUGGAUGGUCGACUGCACAGUGGUGAUCAUAUCUUGCAAAUUGGAGAUGUUGACGUACGUGGCUAUGGCUCGGAGCAGGUUGCUCAAGUUCUUCGUCAAGCCGGCAGCCACGUGCGUCUCAUUGUCGCACGCCCAAUUAAUGAACCUACGUCUAUUCCUACACCAGAUGCUCCGAUUGUGCCCACAAUCCAGCUGGAUCAACAUUUGGAACAGAUCACGUCAAUGCUGGAUAAACGGGAUCAGAUGUUGAUAGAAAAUCAGAUGGAACAACAAAAUCAUGUGCAGAAAGGCAUGGUGGAACACGCAGAAGUUCAUCAGCCUCCAUAUGGUGAAGAGCUUCCCCCUGAAGUGGAUUAUUUCGAUGUAAACUUGCUGAAAGACACAUCACAAGGUCUUGGUAUCACCAUAGCUGGAUAUGUUGGUAGAGACAAUAACCCAGAUGAUCUAUGUGGUAUAUUUGUGAAGAGUAUUACACCAGGAAGUGCCGCAGCACAGGAUGGUCAGAUACAAGUCAAUGAUCAAAUCAUUGAGGUUGAUGGUCAGCCUUUGCAAGGAUUCAGUAACCAUGAUGCAGUUGAAGUAUUGCGCAAUACUGGUCAAGUUGUCCAUCUUAAACUAGCAAGAUAUCAGCAUGGUGCCAAGUUUGAAAAACUCCAGCAGUAUUUAGCUCAACCUCAGAUGUAUGUGCAGCAACCUCCACCAGUCCUGCCAGUGGAAACCACUACCAUAGCAACGCCUAGAUACGAGCUCAACACCCAACCCACCCAGCAGUCUUCUGUAGACAAUGAAGAUAGUGUUUCUCAAAUACAAGAUGAUUUAGAUGGGGAGCUGUCACCCGAUAUUGAAGCUGCCAUCAGAGCAUGCUGGGAACCAAUUGUUGGCGAUGAGUUUGAAGUAGUGGUUGCUCAGUUGUCUAAGUUUAAGGAAGGCGGUGGUUUAGGAAUCAGUCUGGAAGGUACUGUAGAUGUUGAAAAUGGAGUUGAAGUACGACCACAUCACUACAUUCGUGCAAUCUUACCUGAUGGACCUGUUGGUGUGAACGGAAGGCUUCACAGUGGUGAUGAACUACUAGAGGUGAAUGGAAAGAGACUACUUGGAUUAAAUCACAAGGAAGUGGUUGGAAUAUUAAAAGAGCUUCCGCAAAAUGUACGUCUUGUCUGUGCACGACGAACUGCUUCAACCAACGAAAACUAUGCAGAGCAAGACGUCGGACAGUUUCAGACUCCCCCGCUCAAUUCGGGGGUCAUUGAAAGUUUUCCGGAAAGACUCGUUAAAUCGAAAUCGGAUAAUGCAUUAUCAGACACUGUCGCUCAAACUAACUUAUCUAGUAAGAAAUCACGGUCAUUAGAACCAUUGACUGGUUUAGCAAUGUGGAGUAAUGAACCUGUUGUGAUUGAACUUAGAAAGGGAGAUAAAGGACUUGGAUUUAGUAUAUUGGAUUACCAGGAUCCUGUUAACCCAAGUGAAACUGUGAUAGUUAUACGAAGUCUGGUUCCCGGAGGAGUGGCUCAGAUGGAUGGGCGGCUGGUACCCGGGGAUAGGCUUGUCUUUGUUAAUGAUGUGAAUUUAGAAAGUGCAACCCUUGAUGAGGCAGUACAAGCACUGAAAGGGGCUCAGAAGGGGCUGGUCAGAAUUGGUGUGGCCAAACCGUUACCUCUUGCUGGACCAUUCCAGGAACAGCCUGUAUCUGAGGAGGAGCAAGAGAUCACAGUAAGCACAGUAAACAUGCAGUUCUCCUCCCCACCUAUGCAUGAGCAUGACCUUGAAAAACAAAAUCACAAUUACAUGAACUUAGAAGAACUAGAAAACCUUGAAAAUAGUCUUCCAAAUGAUGUAAGAAGAAAAGAAUCAUCAUCGUCUGCUAGCACAACAAGUGACCUUGACCUCCCAGAAAAACCAAAACAUGAUAGACUGGACAGUUUUUAUGAUUCAGACAAGGAAGAUCUGUCAUAUGUUAGUCCAGCAAAGGCAAAAUUCUCUCCUGUAAAACCUCCUAUUAAGGAAAAACCUGUCCUGAAGGCAAAACCAGAGGUUAAAGCAAGGCCAGUACCGUUGCCAAGGAAACAAGACUCUGUAACUUCGGCAACAAGCUAUGAAAAUGAAGAUGCUAUAGAAGAAAUGAAAGCACAUGAAGAAUUAAUCAGACAAAAACAAACAGAGCUUCAGAACGAACUCCCUGCACAAGCUGAACUAGAUUUGAGUUUUGAUUAUGAAAAUACUGGCAUGAGCAUUACAGAAGUGAAACAAGCAGACAUGUUUGAAGGUCAAGGUCGGGAAUCACCAGAAGUGUUCGAGUAUGAAAAUUCAUCCCUUGGCCCACUGCCUACGUAUGAAGACGCAGUUCAGGAUGAUGUAGAAUUUUUCAAUAUGGAUGACCUUGAAGCUCCUCCAGUCCCUACGAGGGAUGAAUCAAGCUUAAUAAUGACUGGACAAGUGACAGAGGAAAAGAUUAUUUCUGACACUUCUUCAGAUGAGGAGUCCAUAAGAUUGGUAAAAAAGCAUAAGGCUCCCCUGCCAUCACCUAGAAAGAUGUCACCAGAGAGUGAAAAUGCAUCGAAAAAACGUCCAAAACCAGCUAUACCCCCUAAACCAAAACCGAGUCAGUCCCCUUAUUCAGAGGGGUCACCUAAGGUCAAGGAUGAGCCUCCACCUUUGCCAGUUUCAUCCCCACCUCCAUUGCUGAAUAAAGAUGAAGAAACUAAGACACAGACGUCCCCUGGCGUUUCAGAGGUUAUCAAGGUUGCAACAAAUGCAGCUGUAGAAAAUAUACCACCUAGUGACCAUUCCUUAACCGCUGACCAACUGGACACCAGUGACCACAGACAGGAGCCACUGGACAGCUCAUUCUCAUCUGACCAGUUCAACACAAGUGACCUUAAGACUGUAUCUGCCUCAUCUUCAUCAACACCUAGAACAGCUUCCCCCGGCAUCUCUCCGAUAACAUCACCCAGUCUGAUGCGCUCAUUUUCUGGCCCUGAUGCAUUCCCACCUUCACUAGAGAAAAGAAUCACUCUCAAAAGAUCUCAAAACAAUCUUGGUAUGACAGUCGAGGCAACAGAUAAAGGUAUCAAUGGUUGUGUUGUAAAAUCUUUGACGAAAACUGGUGCUAUCUACAAGGAUGGAAGGAUACAGGUUGGCGAUUAUAUCAUGGCAAUCAACAACGAAAGUAUGCGACGAAUAACGAACACGCAGGCUAGAGUAAUACUCAGAAGGGCCUCAUUGAUGGGCAGUGCUGAUAUAAGUAUAAGUUAUGUGACUGCUGCUGAUGGUGCUGCUCAUAAAGAAGCUGUGGCAAAAAGACCACCAGAAAGUCCCUCAACUCCUACCAUGAUGCCUUCACCAAAGAUAUUUCCAAAGUAUUAUCGGUCCACUUUGAGUCCAGUCACGAAGCGAUCCAGCUUGUCAGAUGGUAGCGCCCCCUCAUCACCCCUGUCUUCACCUAGAAAAACUGCCUCACCUGCAAGUGCAAGCCCCAAAUCAACAACACCUCAAGUUUCACCUAGACAGAAAGAGACAGUGGUUGUAGGGUCAGGGAACCAAACAUGGGGACCGCCAAGAUUGGUAGAGUUGCACCGGGAACCAGGCAAAACAUUAGGCAUCAGCAUUGUAGGUGGUCGGGUUGACAUGUUCCAUGUAACGGAGGAGCACAUGAUCUCAGGAAUAUUUAUCAAACAUGUGUUAGAGGACAGUCCUGCAGGCAGGAAUGGUACCUUGAAAACUGGGGAUCGCAUACUGCAGGUUGAUGGGAAAGAUCUGAGAAAUGCGACACAUGAUCAGGCUGUAGAUACGAUACGACAUGCAAGUAAUCCUGUACGAUUUGUCAUCCAGAGUCUUACUGACCCAGCUUGUCCGAGGGAUUUAGAAACAGACAAUAAAUCUGUACAUUCCUACGAUGAAGGUCUACAGUCAAUGCAGCAGUCAACACAGGUUGUCAGUCAAAACCAGGUUGUGGAAUCACCAGUGCAGGCAAGUUCUCCUGUACCAGCUACAGAAAGUACCCCACCCACUACAGUUAAACCUGAGGAGGAAGUUCUGGACCAGUUUGGGUACUCGCUUGAACGUAUACAGCGUCGUUAUGGUGACCUGAAUGGAGAACUUUUGUUGGUUGAGUUGACCCGAGGUAGCAGUGGACUGGGUAUCAGCCUAGCUGGUAACAAAGAUCGCAAUACAAUGAGUGUAUUUGUGGCUGGGAUCCAGCCUGAUAGUGCUGCCGGUCAGGAUGGGCAAAUUCAAGUUGGGGAUGAACUGUUGGAGGUAAAUGGUAGUGUACUGUAUGGACGUAGUCACCUAAAUGCUUCAGCUAUCAUUAAGGGUAUCAACACUCCAGUCAUCAAAAUUGUUCUCCUGAGGAGAGAAGAUAACCUUGACAGGAUGGCUGUUAAACCCAUCAAAGUCACCUCACCUUUGCUGAACAAACAGGAAAAGAAGGCAGAACCUGUACCGCUGACCACACCCACGUCAGAACCAGCUACUUUAAGUCCAACCCCUUCGGAGGAGAAGCAGCCAGUCAGUCCCACCGGUUCUAAUAUGCUUGAUGUUAUUCAAGUCAUAAGUUUAAAUAAGGGUCCAAGUGGUUUAGGAUUUGCCAUUGUUGAAGAGAAUAGAGAAGGUAGACAGGGGAUAUAUGUGCGGAGUAUUACAUUUGGGGGCGUGGCGGACAGGGACACAAGACUGUCUGUGGGGGAUCAGAUUCUGGAGGUUCAAGACAAGUCACUGCAAGACGUUCAUUAUGAUAAGGCAAUAGAUAUUCUACGCAACAGUCAGGGAACAGUGAGGUUAAAAGUAAGAAAAUGUAAUGCUGAUGGCUCACAAUAUGCUCAAAAUAAUGUACAAGGGCAGGUCAGUCUGCCUAACCCACCAGGUGAAUCAUCAACAGAUGCAGCAUCACCCAAUCAGGUGUCAGAGGCUGGGUCACAUGACCCACUGACAUGUCCCAUCAUUCCAGGCCAGGAAAUGGCCAUCACCAUAGAGAAAGGAAGGACUGGAUUGGGCCUUAGCAUUGUAGGAGGAGCCGAUACACUGCUGGGAGCAAUUAUUAUACAUGAAGUAUAUGAAGAUGGAGCGGCAGCUAGGGAUGGCAGAUUGUGGGCUGGUGAUCAGGUUCUAGAGGUUAAUCAUGAAAAUCUACGUGAAGCUACACAUGACUAUGCAAUCCAAGUUUUACGUCAGACACCCGCUACUGUAAAUAUGGUCAUCUUUAGAGAUGAUACCCACAUCAAAGAAGAGGACAUAUAUGAUAUAUUCACUGUUGAACUGUUAAAAAAGCCAGGAAAAGGGCUAGGACUAAGUAUUGUUGGAAAGCGUAACGAUGUUGGUGUAUACAUAUCAGAUAUAGUGAAGGGAGGUGCUGCAGAGGCAGACGGGAGACUGAUGCAGGGCGAUCAGAUCCUUGCUGUUAACUCGGAAGAUAUGAGAAAUGCAACCCAGGAAUAUGCAGCUGCUGUACUCAAAACUACAAUGGGUAAAGUGACUUUGAAUGUUGGUAGACUGAAAGCAGGGUCAAGGACGUCAUCGAGAAAAAAUUCCAAUGGUGUUGGAGGAGGGUUACGCAAAUCUGAAUCCACUGCAAGCAAUAAAUCAAAAGGUGGCAGACACUCAAAAAAAGGCAGUGAGGACAUGAGUCACAUUAGGGUGGUUGAGCUCGCCCAUGAUGCCAAUGGGUCCCUGGGUUUGAGUAUAGCUGGUGGUGUUGGUAGUUCUCUAGGGGACACUCCCAUUUUGGUGGCCAAUAUGACCUCUGGUGGCCCUGCAGAAAGGUCAAGGAAACUUAAGGUUGGAGACAAAAUUCUCAGCAUUAAUGGUGUUAAUACAGAGGGAAUGAAUCAUGAACAAGUGGUCAACUUGCUCAAAUCGUCCAAUGAUUCCAUUACGCUACAAGUCACACAAGGUGAGCAGACCCAAGUGAGUGUGAGUGGGCGAUCGUCUUCAACCCGGGGCUCUACCCGAGGCUCGACAUCAGGUGCUGCACCAGAAAUCCCCACAGUGAGAACUCCAACACCGCAGGAAAACAAUGUGUUUGAGGAUGAAGAGGCACCACCUCAGUACAAGACAAUAACAUUAGAAAGAGGUCCAGACGGGCUCGGGUUUUCGAUUGUUGGUGGUCACGGAAGUCCACAUGGAGACUUGCCAAUAUAUGUGAAGAAUGUCUUCUCGAAGGGUGCGGCCUCAGAAAACGGGCAGCUUAAACGUGGUGACCAGAUUCUCACUGUGAACGGUUCAAGCUUGGAUGGUCUAACACACGAGGAAGCUGUAAACAUUUUGAAAAAUGCAAAAGGAUCUGUGAUAAUGAACGUAUUAUCCUAGCAUUGUUAUAUACUGGUACUAUCAUUGACGAUCUUAUUGAGCGGGUUAUAUUCUACAGUUUACCAUAAAUAUUUGAUAAUACCAAUACAUCACCACUGGUAAAAUCAGAAAUGUUGAUUAUGGAAUAGUUUUCGCUAAUUAAGUGCUAAUUAUUGUGAGAAAAUUAGUUCUUAACAGAUCAAAGUUUUGUUACAAAGAUUAAACUUGGCAUUAGUAGACCAUUUUUAAAUUUGAUAAAAUUUGGUCGUUGAAAAUAGUUGACAUUACAAUAGGUUUUUUUUAUCAGAAAGACAUUAGAAAAAUAAGUUGUGACUAAAAGCAGUGUAAAAAGGCGAAUGUUAUUUUUCACACACAGUCACAUGAUUUCCAGAAUUUUAAGAAGUCUCUCUCCGGUGUUCACCACUAAAUACUUUAUAUUGCACUAACAUAGACUACUUCAGAGAAAAUAUAUGUUAGUUCAUGAAUAAACAGUAAAAGAUAUUUAUACAAUUGUUUACUAAAGUUUUGUUUUCGAGUGUUAUAUCUUUAUACAGGUGAACUGUACUCUACCUUUGUUAAUCUGCACAGAAAAAGGAAAGCAAUGUUGACAUUGUGUUAACUUGCAUUAUGGGAGCAGAAAGAUUCAUUUUAUGCAUUAAUCGUCAGAUUCCAGAUUUCAUUGUAAAUAAUGUAUUCAACAUGUGUUACAUAUUCAUACAGUGGGAAUGGUAUAUUAUUAUAUGUAAUUAGGAUUUACACAGUUUUGUAAUCAAGUUAAAAUUGUAUUUUUCUUUUGUAUAGAAAUUAUGUUCAUAGUGUUUUCCUUUUUUUUUUUUGUCUUUUUAUUUGUAACAUUAUUUCUUGUGGUUUUAAUGUUAAAUUUUUGCAUAUUUUUAUAUCAACUGAGGUUGUGAACUUAGCAAUAUCUUAUGUCAAAAUUUAGCUUUAGUGUUAGGCAUAUCAGCUUGUGUUUUUAUAUCAUGGAAGUUUUUGCACUCGGGCUUUAUUCCUUAAAUGUUUAUUUCCCUUUCAUACUGUCAUGAAAUCUACUACAAAAUUAGCUAAUAUAUGUAGAACCCAAUAAUGAGAAGCAUGGUGCAUGGGAGCUGUUUUGAACAGGGGAACGGUGUACUGGUGGUUCUGGUGCCUGCUGCUUAGCUUGUAGGUUGCUGAUGAGCCUUGUUAAGUGUCAUGAUUGCACCUUCUCAUGACACCUGUACUGGUUUUUCCAAAAGGCAGACUUGAUAGUGAUUUAAAUAAUCUGAUAACUUUCAUUAUGACCUAAAACAGAGUAGUGUAAUGUAGAACCCCAGAGACCUUAGAGUAUAGAAAUAUUCUGUUCUUAUCUAAUCUUUAAACCAUUGAACUUUCAGAUUAUGCUUUAUAAUAUUAAUACAUUAGAUGUUGGCACUUUUAUACCAUAUUAUUUGUUGAAAAUUACUAUUUAUUCAUGCAUUUGCUUCACAUUUUCUGUAAUGCUUUAUGACCCCAUACUUGUCAUAGAAUUUGAAUGAUAUUGCAAGGAAUCAUUUAUGAAAACAACAUCAUUUGAGCCGCGCCAUGAGAAAACCAACAUAGUGGGUUUGCGACCAGCAUGGAUCCAGACCAGCCUGCGCUAUCGCGCAGUCUGGUCAGGAUCCAUGCUGUUCGCUAACAGUUUCUAUAAUUUCAAUAGGCUUUGAAAGCGAACAGCAUGGAUCCUGACCAGACUGCGUGGAUGCGCAGGCUGGUCUGGAUCCAUGCUGGUCGCAAACCCACUAUGUUGGUUUUUUCAUGGCACGGCUCAUUUUCUGAUGUGGCAGCAUGAACAGAGUUUCUGGUUCUCAGUUUGGGGGAAAAAAUGGAAAUUUUUUAUUAACACCAUGUAUGUAUAAUUCUUUAAAAAAAACAUCUAUUUUACAUAGAUACUCCACAAAACACAUAUGCUAUGCUAAAGUAUACCUUCUUCGCAUACCAAUUUUUAUCAGAUUUUGAGAGAUCUUCAUUUGAAAACAAAAGAAUUGUGAAUGAGUCAUUUCCUGCAGUUUUUAUCUAGACAGUCAAAAACCAUAUGUUAAAGUUCAAAAGUAAAAAAAAAUGACAAGUAUGGUUGCUAAUGAUGGAGCAGAAUUUAUUAUCAAAGCUGUUUUUCUAUGCAUUCCAUGUACAGACGUCUUAUUGUUUUAAUUAUUUUCUUAUUUUUCACAUAUAUUAUAUGUGGAAAGUAUUUAGAAUAAUAAAUUCACAUACAUAUACACUGUUCGAAGGAAUAUUUAAAAACAAGCAAGUUUUCUGAUUUGUAAUUAAUUCACUGCAUUGUGAACAUUUUCUGACGGUUAUUUUUUGUCACAUUCUAUUUGUUCAGCAUGUUAUAUUUGAUUUUAAUGUCUGUGAUUUUACAAUUCAUACAAAGAAGAUAGAAAUUUAGCAUGCAUGAUUUCAAAAUAGUAAAAAUAAAAAGUGAUCCUAGUAAAUCAGCCAUUUACUGAAAGAGAAAUGAAAUACUGUGAAAAUUGAUUUUGCAGGCACAAGUAUUCGUGGCAUGAAUUUCAGCUUUCAAUAUAAUUAAAGUGAAUAGGAAUGUCACUUGUUCUUAGGGAUUAAUUUUGGGGAUUUACACAACUGCAAAAUCUAUAAAAAUAGUCCACCAUGUAUACUAAUGAUUUUACAGUAUUUUGGGUCAUUUUUAUAAAGUGCUACAUAUUUGAUAAGAAAAUUGCCAAAUUACUUGAAAAGUGAAUAGACAAUUUUUUUCAAAUCCAAGUAUCAAAAUUAAUAUGUCUUUUACUGUUUUGAGAUAAUAUUGUGCCCAGUUUUAUACAAGUAAAAUAUGAAUGAUGAUUGGUUUUGUUAAAAAAGUAUGUGUGUAUUUAAUUUAAAGGCCUAUUUUAGGAUGGUUAAAACUUCUUUGUUGGACAUAUCAGUAAUAAAUUAUUAAUAUGUUUUAAUAAUAUUGAAUCAGAGCCAGAAAUUCACUGUUUUAAAUCUUAGAUAUCUUUGUAAAUAUGGACUUUGUUACAUAUGACAAGUUUUUCUCCAUUUGAUGUAAAAAUACUUUUCAAAAUUUUUUCUUUGAAAAUGCUAAAAAGUCUUGACUUUUGGUUACAAGUUAUAAGAUAUGAAAUAGAGGUAGAAUCAGCAAGAGUAUAAGGUACAUUGGUGUAGGGGUAGUGGUAUUUAAUCUUAAAAUAAUUGUUUAAGGUGUGUAAAUUUCAUCCAUUGGAUUUGCUAUUCAGACUGGGGAUUAAUUAAAAAAUUGACAAACAUUCCAUCUGUAGAUUUUAUCCAGUAAAUAGCCCAUUUGAAUGCCAGAAACAGAAAUUUCACAGUUAAGGAGCAGUGGAUUGGUACCAUGAAAAAGUUUUAGUUCUUUCAAGAUGUAUUUGAGAAAUACAGCAUUAAUUAGAAAGACAGAAUGAAUUUUUUUUAUUUUUGAAAGGAAGAUUAACGUCAGGCUCGAAAAAAUCUUUAUUCUAGUCCUGUUGCAUCCUUACUGUGGUCUGAUUUUGGUAUUGCAUGGUUUUGGACCUUGAUUUUAUUAAAUUUCUAAGAACAAUUCUUAGUUACUACUGUUUGAAUUUUCAUAUUGUCAGGGUGGAAAGAUAACCAAGAAAGCAGUUUAACUGGCUAUUUAGCAGUAAUACAUUAUACAUGUAAGUAAAUAUCUCAGUAUAAUCCGGUGUGAAACAACACUUAUAUACAUUAAACAUACUUGGUCAAUUCCAAUCUAAGUCAAAUUUUACACAUGUAUUUGACUAUAAAAAAAGCAGUUUUGAAAAAUCUUUGAAGUCUCUUGAUGAGAUAUUGAAAUUGUUUGUAUUUUUCUGUUUAUUAUCUAACUGUAACAUUAAUAUUAAUGGUACUGAUGACAUAGCUAGCUCGCAGGCUUUGGGAAAAAAAUCUUUAUUUUCAUCCAGAACAGCAACUUUAUGGGAUAUUUUUGAGAUUGGUGGUCAUCGUUUUUAGGAUAAAAAGGAAAAGAAAUUGUAUUUUAUUAAGAUUAAAUCAGAUCAGUGAUUUGAUUAAGCUUACGAUAUACAAUUUUUAAUGACAAAAGCUAGAAUUUUUGAAAAACAAUGGUUUAGUAAUGUAUUGUUAAAUAAUUCAAGAAUUUUUUUUACUGUUUUUCUGUUCAGUCUGUAAGUCAGAUGCUUCAGUUAGUGAGUCAGAAUGUUGCGGACAAUUUGUCACAGUCUGUGAGUCAGAAUGUUGCGGACAAUUUGUCACAGUCUGUGAUUCAGAUGCUUCAGACAAAUUUUUAUCUUGAUGUUAAAGUUGAUUGUUGCACUUUCUAGAAUUGAUGUUUUUCUCAGUUAAAACAUGUGUUUAAAUUAAUCAUUACAUUUUAAAAUUAUGUUACAUUCAAUAACUUGAAAAUAUCUUUUUCCACAUAAAUAAAUAAAAAUGAUAAUUGGAGAA